AUGUCGUUUGGAAUAAACGUCUCCAUUCUAGUCGUGGCAACAGGAAUACUCAUCUUAGGAGUGUUAGGAAAUGGAUUCAUUGGACUGGUCAACUGCAUGGAAUGGUUCAGGACUGGGAAAGCUUCCUCAGCUGAUCUCAUCCUCACCAGCUUGGCUCUGGCCAGAAUCAUUCAACUGUUUCUAACGCUAUUGGAUUCAUUUAUAGUGGGGAUAGCUCCACAUCUGUACGCUACUGGUAAACUAGCAAAGGUGGUUACUAUUCUUUGGGCACUAACUAAUCAACUGACUAUCUGGUUUGCCACCUCCCUCAGCAUUUUCUACUUCCUUAAGAUAGCCAAUUUCUCCCACUCCUUUUUCACGUGGCUGAAGUGGAGAGUCAACAGAGUGCUUCUUCUGCUUCUCCUGGGGUCUUUCUCCCUACAGUCUCUUAAUAUCUUACUGCAUCUCGCUGUUAGUGAAUAUUGGUUGAAUUCCUACAGGGCACAUGAAACAAAUAUGACUUUGCAGUUAGAGGCAAAUGAAAUGUUCUAUCUUAAAAAUCUUCUUCUUCUUCUUACUUUGACUUAUAUUAUCCCCUUUUCCCUGUCCCUGAUCUCUUUGCUCCUUUUAUUUCUGUCCUUGGUGAGACACACCAAGAAUUUUCAGCUCAACCUGACCGGCUCAGGGGACUCAAGCACAGAGGCCCAUAUAAGAGCCAUGAAAAGUGUGAUGUUUUUCCUGUUACUAUUUGUUGUUUAUUUCCUGUCUCUUUUUAUAACAAUUUUCCAUUUUGAGGUGAUGCAGAACAAACUGGUCCUUUUGCUUGGCCAGGCUAUUAUAAAUCAAUUAUCCUGA